UCAACUCCGGACCAACGAAACUUAUAUCAAAUUGAGUGUCAUACAAAAUCCAACCAUGAAACCUAGCACCACCAUCUUCCUACUAUCCUCGCUCCUCCUGCUACCAAUCCCCGCACCUCUCGUCCUCGCGGCCACCAACUUUAUUGAACUCGAAGUGAGUUUCUACGGCUCCACGCUGGGGAUCCCCGACUCCACGGCCUACGUGCAAGUCCCCAUCAGCAACCGCUCCGUGGUGCCGGCCACCUGUACGGAUCUCCCUCUGACGGCCUAUAACGCGACAUUGCUGCCGCAGGACCCGCCGGUCGAAGUCGAAUGCUAUCUUCUUGGGCUACCCUGUCGGGAUGUCGUGGGGACGAUUUCGACGGAAGAUAUCUUCAUCAAACUAUUAAAUCCGGCGAGGGCGGUGCAGUGUUAUCCUGAGUAAGGACUAGGCCAUUGGAACUUGGGAGGUGUAGUUGGGAAUCAGUUGACAACGCGAUGUCCAUGCUAUAAAGCUGCAAGUGAAACCAGUUCAAAGACGGUCGGUACAGAAAAAGGCUUCCAUGCCCACUGUUAAUUCCCUCAAUUCUUUGGUGUACGCAAGCAACAAUCUAUCUGAACCAUUACCCAGAGCCAAAAGUCUAGGACCCCAAAACACAACCCCUCCUAGUUGGAUUGAUUCACCUUCGACGCCAAAAAUUCCGAUGCGUCUUUCGCAUACACAGCGUACGUAUAAUGUGGCGGCGUUAGAAGCAAAAUGUCGUCGCACACCACAUCGCCCGGCGCGCAGUACACCUUGGUUCGGUCCUGCGGGUAGCCCGGAAUCCCACCGCGGUCCUGGAUGUUGCGCGUGUACCCAAACAGUGCCACUGCCUUGAUCCUGUUGCGGACCUCGUGCUUGAUUUCUUGGAUGGCGUAGUCAAUGACGGCAGUGCCUU